UUUAUUUGCCUGUCGCACAAAAUGGCUGAUAAUUACUAAACAACAACAACAAACAAGUCACAUUAGCCAAAUGUUGUGUGUUAUAAAUUAAUCUAAUCAGGCGACAACGCCUCAAGAGUGUUGCAAAAAAGUACAAAAUACUACGAAAAUCUAAAGAGAAAAACAAAACAACAUAAUAAUUCAAAUUUAAUCUUUAUACUGUGCCCCCACACAAAAGUUAAGCAUAAAAUGUUCGUGCUUUAAUUACAGCUCAAAUUGUUUACAAUAAUCAAGCAACCAACCCCUGUAUUUCGCCAAGUGUAUAUCUUUGCACAUGUAUUCCCGCGUACGUUGUGUAUGUGUGUGUCUGAUUAAUAAGAAAAGUGCGAAACGAGCAACACAAUUCAAUUAAGUUUCUUAUGUGAAAAGUAAUUGUGAUUUUUACAACAAAUACGAAAUUUCCAGUUUGUGAUUAAAACGCAGAUUCUUCAAGCUCAAAAAUUCAAUGUCGUCUCUCACAAUAUCAGUUGAAUAACAAACUGAUAUAGACCCCAUAAAAACCAGAAGAAGAGGAAGCAUCAUAAGCUAGACGCAUCCAAAGAACGGGCCAAUUAAGCAAACUGCAAAUGGCCACAAACUGCGACUACAACGAGGAUAAUGUGAAACAGCAGCAGAUCACAAAGACAACAAUAGCAGCCGCAGCAGACGAAACCACAAGGAGCAACAGCUCCAAUGUCUCAACGAUGAGCAAGCACGAGGAGAAACAAGAUGGCAAAGAGAAGGAUAACGAACAGUUUCAAGCAGAGGAGCAGCUAAUGCAGCAGCAGCUCUGCCUGAACAAUCAAAUGGAUAGCUUUGAGUGCGCCUUCGAGUCCACCAUGGACGAUUUGGAGCAAGCGGUGUUCGAUGGCUACGAAUCGGACUCGGAGGCCAGUGCCAAUGGCCAGGCGACGGACUCGUCAGCCUCCAGCUUAUCCCAGCUGGCCGGCAUAGGUGGCCUGCAGUACAGUCAACAGCUGACGCCCCAUGGGGAGCUGCAGCCGCAGCCGCAAUUGUCACGUGCCAAUUCCUUUGAUUUCCAAAGUAGCAGCGGCUCCAGCAGCGACGACGAGAACGACGACGAUGAUGGCGGCGAUGUGGAGGUGGGUGCACUCAACCUGAGCUCCAAGUUUAGCCGAGCGAGCGAUGGACGCUACGACAUUUAUCACCAGCGUCCGACUUAUCUAUUGCCCCCCUUCAUCGAGCGACGUCGUCUGUCGCAGUGCAAGGAGGAGGAUGAUGAAGAUGAGAGCGGUGACAAGUCGCCGCCAGUGGGCGCCAAUGGUGGCGAUGCACCACGCUUUGACCGCGUCUCGAAGGCGCCGCCACGUCCGCCCACGCCACAGGAUGCAGCCUCCAAGGAGAAAUUUAAGGAUUUAGAACGUUUGCGGCAACAGUUUAUGCAUAAAAUCGAUCGGAUCAAUACGCGCAAUAUUGAGGAGCAGUACACGUCGUUGCCACCUCCACCUCCACCACCACCGCCGCCCAUACCGGCCACCAUAUUGCCCAAGGCCUUGAAGGAGCUAUUACAGCCCAGCGAGCCAGAGGUCCCAGAGCCCGAGCCAGCAGCUACUGCAGUUGAACCGCCUGCUAUGCCAACAAGUCCGACUCUUGCUCCUUUGCAGCUGCCACAAGCGGCGGAGCCGCCGCUCAUCAUACGCGGCAAAUUCAAGGUGUCACGCGCCCAGGAGACGCCCGAGUUGCGCGUCGAGGCGCAACAGCUGCGUGAGCUGAAGCCGAGCGCCAACUCACAAACGAUUAGCUUUCCCUCCAGCUUUGGCGGCUACUCCUCGGUACAGGGCUUGUUCUCGCAGCGAUACGGCAGCAAUCGAUUUCCUGUCGCUGCGCCGCAUCUCUCAAAGCAAUUCUUCGACUCGUCCCUGGUCGAGAUACGUGCACCUUCGCAGAGCAAUCUCUCGCUCAAUGCCACUAGCAGCCCCAACCAAAGUCUCAAUUGUGAUAGCAACUCCAGCAGCAGCCUGGCCAACAAGCCGCGCACUCCCAGUGAACGCGAACUGGACGAUAUCUGGAUACGACGUACUCCAGCUAUGCCAGGAGACGCUUCUGCUCCAGUUGGUGGUGUGUCUCAAGUGCGAUCCGUUUCAUUGUGUGGCGCCUCCACAAUGCCACGCCUCAUGCUGCGCAAUGAGAGCACCAACUCGACGACGAGCCCAUCACGUCAAUUGACCAACUCGGGUUCGGUUUCUGUGUCUGUGUCCGACGAUGAACAAGAUGGUGUGCCCCGUGUGCCCGGCUCUCGACCCUCCAGCGCGCCCGCCGAGCCCAACGGCAAGGCGGCCAAGAAGGCGUACAAAAAGAUGGAAAAGGAGCAGCGCCGCCAGGAAAAGGAGCAAUCGCGUCGCGAGAAGGAGGCACGCAAGCUAGAGCGCGAGACAGCGCGUCGCAUUGAGCGCGAGACAGCGAAGCUGGAGAAGCUGAAUCGGCACAGCGAAAAGAUCUCACGCAGCACGGAACGCAUGGUGGGCAGCGGAGGCUCGCGCUCCGGCUCGCUGGAACGACGACGCAGUGGCGAGGAUUCGCCCGUGCUCAAUCAGUCGACGGUGCAUGGAAUCGCUUCGCCGAAUCGCCGUCCCACGAUUUUCGAUGUGUUUAGGCCGCGCGCCAAAUCGGAUGCCAAACGGCACAAGGAUAAGCAUUUGCUGGAUCCAUCGUCAGCGGAUAGCAGCGCCACCAGCAGCACAUAUUCCGUAUCCGGCGGAGCGGCACCAUCGUCAGCAGCAGCAACAACAGCAGCAACAGCAACUAGUGGAGCGGGCGCAACAGGCGCUGGCGGCCUCAUGAAUUCCAUGAAAGUGGCCAUGCAGCAUUUUGGCCAUAAGCAACAUCCCGCCGUAACGAUAACCAAUGCCGAUGGCACCGUCUCCGCCAAGAGCAAGUACAAAGAUGGCAGCGCGCAUCCGCAUCAGGGCAGUGAUGCACAGUAUUACCAUACGGUUACCGCUGUGCGUCCUCAUGCCAAUGCCAACCAGCGAUCGCCAAUGACCAAGGUUAUGGAUCUGUUUCGACAUCGUUCAAAUUCAGCGGUCAGCGAGGCGGAUAAACGCAAAGCGCGCGUUGCCGCGCAUCAACAACAGUUGGCUGUGCAAAGUGCUCACAUGCGUCGCGCGUCGGCGGAUUUGGAGAAACGACGCGCUUCGGUGGGUGCAGCCGGUCGCAGCUAUCGCGGCGAUGGCACUCUAGAUCCUCACCAUGCAGCCAUACUCUUCAGAGACUCAAGAGGUUUACCGCGUGCCGAUCCCUUCUUGGACAAAGUAAAUCUAUCGGAUUUCGAGGAGGACGAUUCACAGAUCUUUGUCAAGUUCUUUCGUUUUCACAAGAGCUACGAUCUGAUACCCACCUCCGCUAAGUUGGUUGUCUUUGACACUCAGCUGCUGGUGAAGAAGGCCUUCUAUGCUCUGGUCUACAAUGGUGUGCGUGCGGCCCCGCUCUGGGACUCGGAGAAGCAACAGUUUGUGGGCAUGCUCACCAUCACAGACUUCAUAAAGAUCUUGCAAAUGUAUUAUAAGUCACCCAAUGCGUCCAUGGAGCAGCUGGAGGAGCACAAACUGGACACGUGGCGCAGUGUGCUACAUAACCAGGUAAUGCCAUUGGUCAGCAUCGGCCCAGACGCUUCCCUCUACGAUGCCAUCAAAAUUCUCAUACACAGCCGCAUUCAUCGCCUGCCGGUGAUAAAUCCAGAGAAUGGCAAUGUUUUGUACAUAUUGACACAUAAACGCAUACUGAGGUUCCUGUUUUUAUAUAUUAAUGAAUUACCAAAGCCCGCAUAUAUGAAGAAGAGUUUGCGCGAUCUGAAGAUCGGCACUUACGACAAUAUUGAGACAGCCGACGAGAGCACAAGCAUCAUCACAGCGCUCAAGAAGUUCGUGGAACGACGUGUCUCGGCGCUGCCGCUGGUCGAUUCUGAAGGACGACUCGUUGACAUUUAUGCCAAGUUUGAUGUGAUUAAUCUCGCUGCCGAGAAGACCUACAACGAUCUCGAUGUCUCGCUGCGCAAGGCGAACGAGCAUCGCAACGAGUGGUUCGAAGGCGUUCAAAAGUGCAAUCUGGAUGAGUCGCUCUAUACGAUCAUGGAGCGCAUUGUGCGCGCCGAGGUGCAUCGCCUGGUCGUUGUCGAUGAUCAGCGCAAGGUGAUUGGCAUUAUCUCGCUCUCGGAUAUAUUGCUCUAUCUGGUGCUGCGACCAAGCGGCGAAGGAGUCGGUGGCUCCGAGAGCUCACUACGUGCCUCUGAUCCAGUGCUCUUGCGCAGAGCAGCUGAGGCGGAGUCGUUGUCGGAGUCGACAGCGGCACCGCCGCGUAGUCCAUCGGCAGUCAGCUCUGGCAAUCGCAGCCUUAUCGAGGACAUACCCGAGGAAGACGCGACGGCAGCGCCAACGCCGGCGCCCAAGAGCGAUGCUGACAGUGAUAAUAAGUCCGCCAGUGAAGACAAAGCCAACAAUAAUAAUCAACAUGAGCUGGCGGCGGGGGCGUCGACAGCGACGUCAAACGGUGAUAGCAAUAACAGUCCAGCCGAAGUGUCCUUUGCCGAUGAGGCGCAUGAACAAGCCGACAAUGAUGGGGGAGGCGGCGAAGACGAUGAGGAAGACGAUGACAAUGACGAUGUACGACAUCAGGAUCAGGAAGUAGAGCGCAAAAAGGCAGCCGUUGCCGCAAUCGCUGCGGCGGCGCGAGCGGACAAUGGGGACGGAGACAACGGGCUGAGCAGCGCCGUUUCUGCUGCCUCGGCGCUCGGCCAGUCGUUGGCCACGCCCACGGCGCGCGAAAUGGCGCUGGUUAGUGAAUAAAGAAUUAAUUUAAUAAUUUAAAAACAAGCAAACCCAAAAAAAAA